CCUACAAUCAAAGGGCUUUUGCCUACAAGCAAAUUCCAAGCAACAGUUCUCUUGAAGACUGGAGCUGCACAGGAGUUCAAGGAUACCCUAGGUAGAGUACUUGUUCGUGUCCUGAGACUUGUGCCGUAGAACUGUGCAUCAUUCAGCAGCUGCUGUGGUCUCUUUCAGAGAUACAAUUCCCUUUGGUUGUGGAGGAAGAAUUUUGCUUGCAGAGGCAGUGGAAUGCUUCAUGACCUUUGGACCAAAGCCUUCUGGACCGUGCCUGAUAGAACUUGCAUCAGCUGAUUAAGGAUUUUUCUUUAAAUAAAGAAAGAGAGUUUUCUCACAACACUGCAGUUUACUGACCCACAUCAUGGUUCAGCAACUGUCUCUGAAGCAGCUCAUCUAAGAGCAACAGAAGUCACACUGUGAUCUUCCUCUCCAGGACGUGUGGAAAUCCUGAGGGAUCUUAGAGCCCCCAACAUGCAGGCAGUCCCGCAACCACCAUCUAGAAGACAGCAGCCAGGAAAUUCUGUGAGACCUUUGAGACUUUUGUCUUCAGCUCCAAAGCUAACCCAUAAAGAAAGGCAUGGAGAAAGUGUUAUCUGUUGUGGAUUUUUCAUCAUGGAGGUCUGCAUAUUCUUUCUUUUUGCCAUAAUACUUCUCCCAGGUAUUGCUGCCAAUGUACAUCACGUGAAGUCAUUUCUCAAUCACACUGCAUACCUAUCUUGCUAUUUCCCAAACUCUCAGAAAACUGACAUAAAGAAUAUAAUAGUUUUUUGGCAAAAAGGUACGGGUGAAGUGGUACACGAAGUUUACCUUGGCCAGGAAAUAUAUGAUCACCUUAGUCCUAAAUACAUAAAUCGUACCAAGAUGGAUAUGGACAAAUGGACUUUGCAAUUGUUAAAUGUAAGGAUUGUGGAUGAGGGGCAGUAUAAAUGUAUUAUUAUGCACAUGGACCAGGGACCAAAAAAGAUCAUACACGAAUCUGAGUGCUUACUGCACAUCAUUGCCAACUAUAGUCAACCUGUGAUAGCACAGCUACACAGUGGGGAACCAAAGCCCAGUGAGAACCUGAAUCUUUCCUGUUCUUCCAGCGGAGGUUAUCCAGAGCCCAAGCAGAUGAUUUGGAUAAUUUCAAGUGAAAACAUAACAGAUAGGCUUAUACAACGCAUGGAUGUCUUACAGGAUGCUGUAACAAAGCUGUAUAAUGUUACCAGCAAGCUGAAUAUCCCAGUUCCUACAAAUACACUCACUAAUAUUAGCUGUUUGCUUCACCUUGGAGAGCAGCAGGGGAGCCUUACCUCAGUGCCACUAGUCAUAGAGAUACAGGCAGAAAAAAUGGAACCGGUGAAAGUAAAUUUCUUUGGCCCACUUAUAGCUGUAAUUGUACUGAUCACACUUCUUCUGGGUUUUUUGAUAUUGAAGAACAGAAAUAUCUCAUCUACCAGCCAGAGUGUCAGUCUCGCAGUCUAAAAGGUAUCCAGCUUGAAAUAGAGGCCAGCAGCUAUAGACUACUGACUGGGAACCAUUUCUGCACAUAGUGAGGUCUGAGGUCCCAUUGUUUCAGAUGCUGUGCCAGAACAAGAAUCCUCUCCAAACACCCUGCAGAACAACAUGUAAUAUUUCCAUCUGAUGACUGAAGUCCACUGUCCAGUGUUCUUUGCUUUUAUUUUUGCUAUAGAACAGUAGCAAAUACAGUACUCUGUCUCUAUGAGUUUUUUCUACCCUUUGGGGAAAACUCUCCUGAUUUAAUGGGCUUUUUGGUUGAACAACUGUCAGUGUUCACCUCAGUCUUCUACAUUAUUAAUUGGCACACACAUGAAUUUCCCUGGCUCCUGGUGCAGUUCCUCUGGCUGCAGUCCUGAUCACUAAGAGGAAAUGCCACCUUGGACCUUCCUGCACUCAGUGGCUUGAUUCACUUCUGAAUGGACCAGUGUGGUUUUACCUUCUGUGGUACUACCUAGAUAUAAAGAACUGAAUUUAGUGAUCUCAUUAAAUCUGGAAAGAGGAGAUGAAAACUUUGCCAUCCACAUGCCACAAAAAAAAAAAAAAAAAAAGAAAAAAGAAAAAAAAAUAAAGAGACCUUUCUUCCAACACAAAAAUGUAUUUAGCAACUGGACAGGUAAGAAGAUGGUGAGAUAUGAAGGGCAGAAAUCUACCCACGUUGUCAACAGUAACAAAUAAGAAGAGAAGCACAGCAAGCCACUGCUCCAACUGUUAUAAGCACAAAAUAUCUUCUUUCCAUUGUUUUCUUUUGCUUUGUUUUUUGCUGAGACUCCUUCACCCUUUGACAAGGCCACAGAAAACAGCCUAGCACUUAGCAGCACUGCUCUCACUGUGGCAGGUUUUUUAAGGGCAGAGGCUGACUUGGAAGAAUCCCGAGCGUCUGCAUAAGGAGAAGCUGUUUAAAAGUCUAAGCGCUCCUCAAGAUCCUGCAGUCUUCAGUUGUAUGGUUAUGUUUGACACCUGUGACUGUUUUGCUGUAUCUUUCAUUAUGCUCUGUGACACUGUAAAAUGCUGUCAGUGAGAGUCAAUGAAGAGAGCAGAACAGCAAGGAUUGCAGAAGUGAAUGUCUCAGGAAUAGAGUUGGGCACUAACCUGUGAAUCAUUGACCUUGCUGAAAAUAUGAUCAGAGUCAGGGUAUUUAAUCAUGGGCCAUAAAUGCUCUGGGCUUUGUACCAGCAACUUUCUUGUACAUUCCAUGGUAGAAAAAGGAACUUAAAGACACUGCCCCACCUUCUGAGAAAAGCCAUGAAAUUUCCAUAGGGCAUUUAAAACUAGAAAUAACUGAAAGAAAAAAAUUGUUUUGAAUGUAAUUUUUUGUUAUUAUACCUUUUUUUUAAAAAAAAAAAAAAAAAAAAAAACUAUCAAAAAUUAAUAACUUACGUAUACUGACCAGACGUUGUAGUACAGGUUUUUUUCAGUUGGAUGCAGGGAUAGCAUAUUAAAGCAUGAGGUAUCAUUCAUUUGUGUAGAAAUCCAGAUAUACAAAGUUAGGCAAAGCAGAUACUGAAAAAAAUAAUAAGUGGGGCAUGUUCCACUUUGGUUGACUGUCUUCUCUCUUUCUUUGGCUUCCAAGUUUAAAGAUACAGCAAUCCAUACAUGAUGCUAUGCUCAACUACAGGAUACAGUUUUACUUUCCAUUUAUUUGUCCCAUUCAAAAUGUUCCAGUCCUCAAUCUUGAACAAUGCCUGCAUUUUAUUUUCUGCAAUGCAACUGACAACUUUCAAGAAAAAUGCAGAAGAUCUGAGACAAAUUUCUUUUGAGAUCUUGAUUGUCCAUAAUAUGGACAUUAACAUUAUAUUCUCAAGACAAAAUUCAGCUCAGAUUUGCAUUCUGGGGACAUAAAUUCUCCACUGUUCCUACUUGGCAAAAAUAUUCUUUCCUGUGAAGUGAUGUUAAGAAUUGCUAGACUCCACCUCAGUUUCACCUUUAUUUCCACCUGACUAAGAGAAUUUGCAUGUUAUCUGGAGUUUGUAAAACCAUGUGGGAGUCAGUUCAUUAAGCUAUUAUGCCAACAAGCCAAACAUUUUUAUUCAGAUUAGUAUCAUUCAAAUUAUCUGAAAAGUCACAGCUCUUAUUUUCAUGUAAGGUUUUAUAUUUGAUAGCAAAGUUAUUUAAUGACAUUAAAAUAUACGUAUUUUUCUGUGUUGGUGAUUUACUCUCCUGCUGUUAAAGCAGUGUGCUGGGGAAUAGCUACACUCAGUGUUCUCAGGGAAGAAAUACUCCCAGAAUCCACUCUCAGAAGCAACUAAUAAGGAAGGUAUUGCUGCAAUGACCCAGAACAGAACAGUGUUUCAGUUGUCCAUUCACAGAGCUGGAUAUAAACUCACAGCUGUGAGUAUGAUCCAACCCGGACCUACUAGCAUAUAUACCUCAAAGAUAAAAUAUCAGAUUGCAGCCUAAAAACUUGACCUUUUGAUCCCAUGCUGCAGGUUGCUAAACAUAUCUCCAAUGGGUCCUUCAAUCUCCUCAAACUCUUGGUCACUAUUUGAUUCCAUAAAUAAAGCUUGUAUCAAAUAGCCAGGUGUACUAACUCAGGAAGAUACUCACCAGGUUUCUCUUGGUCCUUUUAACACAUGCUGUUAUUCAGUUCACUUUUUCCCCCUAACAUUUCGCUUCCCACUGAAGUCAUUCUUCAGCUCAAAUAAUCACUAACAUGGAAGUCUUGCCUGAGCAACAGCUAGAGUCCACAUUAUUGCUACAAACAACAAGCCUCAUAUGACUUUCAUCUUUGAAAUGACUAGAUUCACACAAGCACCCCGUAGACUUUCACUGUCAGCCUCAAAACUCUCAUCAGCCUUGAUGUGCAGCUUGUCAGGCGUAAGGCGUAAUAACCAUCACUGACAUUUUGUGUUUGUCCAUAGUAAGAAACAAUAGCCAGCUCAUGAAGAAGGCAUCUGGAAAUCUAUGCUAGGACUGAGUCCUUCUCAAACACAUUCACUUAAACAAAAUAUAAACAACAACAAAUCAAAAUAAAACAAACACAAAAAAUUACCACUACCAUCUGACUACUAACGCUGCCAUAAACUACCAUCAGCCAUCACUCAAUGGGCUGGGUUUAUUUGUUCCUAAUUAGUGAAGUUGUUUAUUUCCCCCUUUCUCUAAGAAGAAAAUCACUUGCCACCCCUCUACUGCAGGCUGCCAACUUCCUUCUAUUACCUUACCAAUUUCACUGCCUCCUCUUUUCUUGGUCUUGAAACCACUCCUAAAUACCUUCUGCACCUAAAGAACAUUAAAAAGCAAUGAGCUUCAGAGAAAAUCUGAGUUCAUAUUUAUUUAAAU